CUUGGGCUUCCCAUCCGUUUGCCGACCUGCCUCAACCGCCCCUUUCCUUGCCUUCGCUCGCUCGGCCGGUCUGUUGGUCUUGUCGUCGUCUGUCCUGGUCGGCCUCGUCUGCGCCUUCUCCGUCCUGUCUAUCUAGUCCCGAGUCCAGUGACCUUCCCCUCCACCCCCCCCCAUUCUACGCUCCCCGUUGUCAUGCAGACCGUCACCGCUCGUGCCUUCUGUCUGGGCUCGAUCACUCCCCCGAGCCGCUCGCCCGAUCGCUCGCCCCGGAGCUUCUAUGUCUACUCGCUGCCCACGCCUCUGCACCCCGAUUCUCCACCGUCGCUGCCCGCCACCUCUUCGUCGCUCUUCGUCGACAUCCACUACCUCGACAGUGUCCUUUCCUUCGACCCCCAGGAUAUCAUCAACGCCAUCCCCGUCACAUGGAAGCCCUACACCGACUACUGUUUCGUCAACAACGCCGACGGCCACUGCUAUCUGAGCUGGCCCACCGUCAAGGAGGUUGCCCGCAUGAUCAACCAUCGCCUGCUCUCCGAGUUUGUGUCUUCAUUCGAGUCGAUCGAGGAACUCAAGUGCGGCUCUGCGAACGAGUUCCUGGAUCGUCUCGACGGCCUCCAGCGCUCGUCGAUGCCCUUCCAAGAAGAGACCGUGUUCAUGAAGAUCCUCCCCGUCGAAGGCGCCAACUUCCAUUCCAGCUCCAACAUCCCUGCGGACGCUCCCACCGACGGUGUAUCUACACCCCAGCUCGGCUCGCCGCCCAGAUCCCGACCUCGCUCUCCGCAGCCUUCCAGUGCUCGUAAGCGAAGCUUCCACCACGACAACACACCGGCGUCUUCGCCAGAGUCCGCUGACAAGCCUCAUCUGAACGGCAUCUCCGAGGACACCUCAGCCCGGUUCAACAAGAAGAAGCGUCUUUCGAUCAAUACCAGCUCGCUGACAACCGAGAAGCCCUUCGGCAGCGCCCCCCUUAUUGGCUCUCGGCCUUGGAGCGACGAUCCUGCGAGCCAAGCAAAGUCGCAGGCCGGUGCCCGUGGCCACUAUGGCUACCCACAUCAUUCGGGCUCGGGCUACCGCCAUGAGUCGCCCGAGAACAAGCCACCGAAAGGCAAUGCCCAAGGACCCAGCGAAGAUGCAAAGGCCUCGGAAGGCUCGCAGCGACCAUUCACCACUCCCAAACAGCCUUAUGGCGGCUCUGGCCAAGCUGUUCCCAUGAGCAUGCUGCCGCCAACCAUGUCUCGUUUUGGACCCAACCGAUCCAGCAGCAGCAACCCCAGCAGCAACCAGCUUUCCUCGCCGCGCAACACCGAGUUUCCUUCGCGCGAGCUUCCACUGCCGCUGUCACCUUUCCCAGGCAACUCGCUCAAGUCUGGCUUCCCGCCUCUGCCCUCGCCCAGCACCGCAUACCCGAUUCCGUCGUUCACGUCACACGGUUAUCACCCCAACAACCCCUCCGGUGGCUAUGGCGAAUCGCGAUCGCAGAACGCCAACAACUCCCGCUCCUCGGACCACAACCAAGCCCAGGGCGAGCCGUCCUCGGCGCAUCCCACGACAGCUUCGGGAGAGCCCUCGUCCAAGUCGCUCUCCAACAAGGCCGCCUUCCUCAGCUACUUUGACGUCAUGUACGACCAGAUGGAGGAAGCCUCGCAUCUAACCAUGACGCUCUCGCGCCAGAUCCGCAAAUCGACGGCGCUGCUGCAGACGCUGCAGAGCUCGGGACAGAUGAUCGAGGGCCUGGUCCGCAGCCACUUCCGCGAGAUGCAGCUGCAAUACGGCGAGAAGUUUGGCGCGGCGCUGACGGAUCUAAAUCGGCGAAUCAUGGCCCUGGAGGAGAAUGUCCUGGGAAUCCAGCCCGGUGCUGCAGCCUCCAACGGCCACGUCCCGUCAAACGGUGCCCAGCACGGCGGCUUCAAGGGACUUCCCAGUGCCUCGGUGCAGGGCGCCAGCGCAGCCACGACCAAGGGCACGCUGUUUGAGCAGCUGAGCGUCGAAGCGACCAUGCGAAGCCUGCUAGAGCGAAUCGAGAAGCUAGAGAAGCGAGAAUGAACGCGGGGAGAGGAGAAAUAGGCUCGGGCUCGGGCUCGGGCUCG